UUGACUUUUCUGACAAAAGUAAUUUCUAAGUUAAGACUUGAGAAUAAUAGAGGUGAGAAUAAUGGAUCAACAAUAUUUCCAUAAACAACUCCUAUCAAUUUGUUGACUAUGGGAACACAUUUCUACAAAAUUAUUGUCUCCCCUUCAACUCAAUGUCACACUCUACGGAUACCCGAAAAAUAUGUGCACAAAUACAAAGAGGUGCAAUUAGCAAAAGAUUAUGUGAACCUCAGAGUAGCCGAUGGUAGAGUUUGGAGAGUAGAGCUAUUAAAACAAUGUGACAAAGUAUGGUUUAAGAAAGGUUGGGAAGUGUUUGUGAAGAGCUAUUCUCUUAAAUUUGGUGAUUUCCUCCUAUUUAGGUAUGAUGAAGCCAAUUUUGAGUUUUGUGUCACCAUUUUUAAUAUGUCUGGUUGUGAAAUCGACUAUGACCAAGUGUUCCAAAAUCGUAUUAUUGACCUAGCUCAACAAGUCCAAGAAAUUUCGUCUUGUGAUAAUGAUGAUGACCUUUCACUUGAGGCCAAGGAUAUUCAUAUUAUUGAUGAGACAGAGACAGAGACGACAAGUGUUAUGCAUAACAUUGAAGCCUUCGAACCUCAAAAGCCUCAUUUCAAAGUUGUCAUGCAUCAUAAUAAUGUCUCUAACCAAUAUCGACUGUCAUUUCCAAUCAACCACGUUAGAGAGAAUUUGACGAUUGUGAGCAAGAAGUUGAAGCUAAUCUUGAAGAGAUCAGUAGACGAGAAGUGGUACAAUUUGAGGUUAAAUGUGUAUGCCAAAAAUAACCUCGCACAAGUCGGGUCUGCUGGAUGGGGGAAUUUUGUACGGGACAAUGAGUUGCACAUAGGAGAUGCUUGCGUAUUUGAGCUGGUCGACCCUAGGACCGCUAUGUACAAGGUCACAAUCAUUCGUAGCUCGUAACUGAUGCGUUACAUUUGCAUAGUCUCUGUAUAGAUGUGUAGCAAUUGGAAUUUGGAUCCUUGUAUUAUUUAAUGUCGCUAAGUAUUAUUAUGCGAGUAUUAUGUGUUUUACAUUAAAAGAUAGAGUUAAAAAAAAUUCAAUAAAUAAGCGAAGCAGCUACAUUACUUUUCUGUUGCUUUUAUUUUUACGAUAAACCUUCACAUUGGAUUAAUCUACAUUCCCGCGACGGGUCUAAAAUUCAUCCUCAUUCCCACUUGAUGGGUACAAUUCCCAAACCCUCCCCGCCCCACUCCUCACAUAGAUAUCCACCCCCACCUAAUCCUACCAAAGACUCGCCUAGUCCCACUAAAGACCCACCUAAUCUCCACCUUUUAAAUACACAAU